AUGGACUCCGAUGAGGAAUUCGUCGACAACGGUUCCGGAAAAGAACUGAGGGAACACCUGUUGAGUCCCGAGCCCGACGGAACCUCGAAAAGAACCCGCUCAAAAGUCGCCAUCACAAGCCUAAAAGGUGCCAAUGGUGGCUACAGUUGGGAAGAUGAAUACCAAAGACCAUGGGAAAUCGUCAACAACAAGGCGGAGGGCGAACAGUCGUUGGUGUACUUGGUGCAGCAGAUGAUCGAGGCGCGGAAGAAGAAAAUCCUCAAGAAUCCCACCACUCCGUUCCAGCGUGGAAUCAUUCGAACACUAAUAGUCAUAAUAGAUGGAUCUCUGACAAUGUUGGAGAAGGAUCUUCGGCCGACGCGAUUUGGUGCGAUGCUUAACUUGCUAGGUGAAUUUGUAGAUGAGUUUUUCGAUCAGAAUCCGAUCUCUCAGAUAGGAAUCGUCAUGAUGCGCAAUGGUGUAGCACAGGUGGUGUCUGAGGUCAGCGGGCUGCCAGAGCACCACAAGGAUAGAAUCAGGGGUCUUAAGGCCCGUCAGCAUGGACGGAUCGAGCCGAAGGGUGACCCUUCUUUGCAGAAUGCGUUAGAGUUAGCACGGUCAUUGCUUGGCUCGAACUUUGGCGACCCGAGCUUGGGAUCUUCGAAAAACUCAAAGGAGAUCUUGAUCAUCUUUGGUGCGCUUUUCACGUCCGAUCCAGGAGAUAUCCAUCAAACGAUUGGUGCUCUAGCCAAAGAAGACAUCAAGGUCAAGAUCAUUGGUCUUUCUGCGCAAGUCGCUAUAUGCCAAGAGAUUGUAGCAAAAACAAAUUUCCUGUCCAGCUCACAAACACGUUCGCUCGGGCUUUCUCGACAUUAUGGUGUGAUCAUGAAUGACGCCCACUUCAAAGAGUUGCUCAUGGACUGUGUCGAGCCGUUGGCAGUCACCAAAGAGUCACCAGAGGCCAAGGUCGAAGAUACUCAGGGAGUUCCAGUAAUCAAAAUGGGGUUCCCGCUGAAACAUUCUAUUUCUUCAACAACAACAAACGGACUAGUCAACCCCAACUUCCCUGCCUUGUGUGCUUGCCAUCCUACAAGAGGAUCCAAGGACUUGAUGGAGCCGGUCUCGGUGAUACAGAACCAAAACCCGAGCCAAUCUCCAGGCGCAACAAUCGGCUAUGUCUGUCCACAGUGUCACAGUAGGGUGUGUCAAUUGCCAAUUGUUUGCCCAGUAUGUGGCAUUAUGCUCAUCUUGUCUACCCACUUGGCAAGAUCAUAUCAUCAUCUUGUUCCGCUCAUGGAAUAUAUAGAGGUUCCAGUCAGUGCGCAAUACGACAGUUCGCAUUGUUAUGGAUGCCUUCUUCAGUUUCCAAAUGGUUCUGAGGAUACCCUGAAGGGCGCUAGUUCCCGCUACCGAUGCAAGAAAUGUUCGCAAGAUUUUUGCAUUGAUUGUGAUGUUUUUGUGCACGAGACCCUACAUAAUUGUCCUGGUUGCGAGAGCAUUCCACGCUAG